AAUAACAGAUGUAUUAUGUCCAACACUCUCAAAGGAUUGAGAGACCUGGGUUCAGGAUUAUCAGCAGAGAUGAGUGGGGAGCAGUUGACCCGUUGUGGGUAAAGUUUCUCGCACUGCCCGUGCAACAUGUGUUCUUCGAGUAUACGAACACUGACGAAUGCACUAAUAGGGAGGAGUGUAUGGAGAUGAUCAGAAUUAUUCAGCGAUACAAUCUGAAGCUGAGAUCCAAUCCUGACAUACGUUACAAUUUCCUAAUUGCUUCUGAUGGCACUGUCUACGAGGGCCGCGGAUGGGACUCAGCUCCUCGACUGCCUCAAAAAUAUAGCAAUGUCAGGAGAAAAGCUCUUUACGUUGCCCUCAUAGGGAACUACAUAGAUACCAUGGAUCGUACAAGGUUGAAAUUUGAGCCGGCAACUUUUACUCCGCUCCAACGAGAAGCAUGGGAAGCUGAAUCGCCCCGAGGCCAGCUAGACUACUUAACAGACCCUGUGACAGCUGUGUUCUGUGGCCUGAGGACCAAUUCUAAAGGAUGCUCACACACAGACCACUGCAAGAUGCUCAUGAGAGACAUGCAAAGACGAGAUAUGGAGGCUGGCCUACCAGACAUAAGAUACAAUUUCUGUAUAGGCGGGGACGGAGAGGUGUAUGAAGGAAGAGGGUGGGCCUCGAGACCAUCUCUGCCUUCGAGGUACUCCAAGUGGGUCUCUCAUAGUCUUUAUAUAGCCUUCGUGGGUCCUCUGACAGCAGGAGGAAUACGCCCGAGUCAAAAAAUGGUCUUCCACAGAAACCUUCUUGUGGAGGCGGGACUAAGGGAUGAUAUUAUAAACAGGAAGUUUAUGUUUAUACUUCUGUACAAGAUAUAGGAAAUUGUGGAAUCAAGGUGAUUACUGGCUAGUAUCUUUUGGUGCUUUUAAAAAAUGAACUCAAACCUGUGAUUCAAAACUAAAAGUGGCGUGG